GUCGCGCGCUGAGGAUGCAGAAGUUCUGAAACUCCCGCUAAACUCUGCUGAAGUGCCCCUGAAUGAUUCUGGAUGAUUGUUUUUAAUGGCUGACAGCUCUUUUCUGCGUUUAUCCACUCUGAGAUGAGCGUUAAUUUGAUUCAGGAGUGGCUGGAAGUAACCUGAAGCGCGCGAUGAGGUUGCUGCUCGUGCUCGCGCUGCUGUGCACGGCGCUCGCGGGUUCCCGAUACUGCCCCGAGCUGAUGAUUGACAGCUGUCACUGCACGUCAGAGAGAUCAAAGGAGUUCAGCCGGCAGAGGGUGCGCGUCAAGGUCGUGUGUGACGAUGCGGACCUGAUGGAGAGCAUGCAGCCCAGCACUUUACCCAACACCACCGUUUCGCUGAUCCUGAGCAACAAUAAGAUCUCGCUGUUGCAGAAUAACUCUUUCCUCGGUCUGAGAGCUCUGGAGAGACUUGAUCUCAGGAAUAAUCUGAUCAGCAGGAUAUUUCCCGGUGCGUUUCGCGGCCUGACAGCUCUCAGGAGAUUGGAUCUCUCCAGCAACAGGAUUGGCUGUUUGUCGUCUGAUAUGUUUCUUGACCUCGGCCGUCUCUCCAAACUGAAUCUGUCUGGGAAUAUCUUCUCCACUCUGCCGGAGGGUUUGUUCACACACAUGCCGUCUCUGCGAGCGCUGAGUGUGGCCACAGAUUAUCUGUUCUGCGACUGUCAGCUCCUCUGGCUCUUGUCGUGGUUCAGAUCUCAGUCUGUUCGUGUGGGAAAUGAAUCAGUGUGUGUUUAUCCAGCUCGCCUGCGUGGACUGGAGCUGCACAGGCUUCAGGAGCAGCAGCUCACCUGCGAGGGCCCGCUGGAGCUCCCGGUCCUGCAGCUGAUCCCCAGUCAGCGUCAACUGGUGUUCAGUGGGGAUCGUCUGCCACUGCAGUGCACAGCCUCAUACCUGGACCCGUCUGUCACACUGAGCUGGAGCCACCAGCACAGCCCCGUACACACACUGCGGGACCGAGGAGUGUGUGUGGAGGAGAGUAGCACACACACACUGCAGGACAGAGGAGUUUGUGUGGAGGAGAGCAUUAUACACGACUGCUGCCUGAUCACCAGCGAGCUCAUCCUGACCAACAUCGACGCAAGCGCUUCCGGUAUCUGGCAGUGUCAUGUGAGCAGUUCCCGUGGAAACAGCUCUAUUGGGAUGGAGAUCGUAGUGGUCGAGGCAACAUCGCUGUACUGCUCUGCUGAGAGGGUCAGCAGCAGCAAAGGAGACUUCAGGUGGCCGAAGACACUGGCGGGAUUCAUGGCCUUCCUGCCAUGUGCAGUUCCCAGCUCUGGCUCCGCCCCUCAGGAGAAGAGGGCAUGGCGGAGGUGUGACCGGAUGGGCCGGUGGGCGGAGCAUGACUAUAACCAGUGUUCAUAUGCAAAUGAGUUUACUCGCAGCCUGCAUGAAUUAACACAGACUCCAGUUAACAUCUCCAGCUGUAUGUCAGUGGCGCAGCAGCUCUCAGCUCUCACCAGCAGGGCGGCGCAGUUUGGGGACAUGAUGGACGUGAUAUUCGUCACUCACCUGGUGGAGAGACUCACGCGGCUGGUGGAUCAUGUGACGCAGUUGUCGGAUGUUCUGCUGGAUGUGGCCAGUGAUGUGAUGAUGGUGGAGGAGCAUGUGUUAUGGAUGGCCCAGAAUGAAGCUCGCGCCUGCACACGAAUCGUCCAGUGUGUGGAGAGAAUAGCAGAUCUGGCUCUCCACAACAACUCCUCGGUCCUCUCCAAGGUCUCAGUGAACAUCGCUCUGGAAGCUCUUCUUCUGCGUCCGGCGUCUCCUGUGUCUCUGCUUUGCUCAGUUCUGCAGCGUCCUCUCCUGCCCCCCGUGGCCGCCACCGCUCACACACACAGCAAAGCUCAACACAACACACUCCUCAACUUCAGAUGCCACACUGCCAACGUCUCCGGACCAGCCAUGGGCCAACUCAACCAGAACACGGUGGCCAUCGCCUCCAUACACCUCCCGCUGGCGGUGGAGAACUCCACCUGUAAGCUGCAGCUGAUCGUCUUCCGCAAUGGAAAGCUGUUUCCGUGCACCGGGAAUUCAUCAAAUCUUGCGGACGAUGGGAAGCGCAGGAGCGUCUCGACACCAGUUGCGUUCACCAAAUUAGAUGGGUGUAGCCCCUGGAGCCCCGUGCAGCCGGUUACCGUCGCUCUCCGCCACUUCUCGCUGGGUGUAGACCCCACCGCGGCGUACUGGGAUUUUGACCUGCUGGAUGGACACGGCGGCUGGCGGGCGGAGGGCUGCCAUAUAACCGGCUCCGCGCACAACACCACCACCAUCCGCUGCGCGCAGCACAACAAUCUGGCCGUGCUCAUGGAUCUGAAGAAGGUGCUGUCGUUUCCUCCGUAUCCGGGAGAGUUCCUGCACCCGGUGGUUUACGCCUGCACCGCCGUCAUGCUGCUCUGUCUGUUUGCCUCCAUCAUCACCUACAUAGUGCACCACAGCUCCAUCCGGAUCAGUCGGAAAGGCUGGCACAUGCUGCUGAACUUCUGCUUCCACACGGCGCUGACGUUUGCUGUGUUCGCCGGAGGAAUCAACCGAAUCAAAUACCCCAUCAUCUGCCAGAGCGUGGGUAUCGUGCUGCAUUACUCGUCUCUCUCCACCAUGCUCUGGUUGGGAGUAACAGCGAGAAACAUCUACAAACAAGUGACCAAAAAACCACAGCAGCCGCAGGACGGAGAUCACACACCACCUCACCCUGCCAGAUCUCCAAUGCUGAGGUUUUAUCUGGUCAGUGCUGGAGUUCCCUUCAUUAUAUGUGGAAUCACCGCUGCUAUCAACAUCGACAACUACGGCAGCGGAGAGCAGACGCCGGUCUGCUGGAUGGCGUGGGAACCCAGUCUGGGAGCGUUUUACGGCCCGGUCUCCUUCAUCCUGCUGGUGACCUGCGUCUACUUCCUGUGCGCCUUCAUGCAGCUGCGCAAACACCCCGAGCGCAGGUACGAGCUGCAGAGUCUGCGCGAGGAGACGCAGCGGCUGGCGGACACACACACACACCCGGCGGAAACGGCGGCAGACAGCGGGCAGUGCCACGGCGGGUGCCCGGGCCUCAUCAACCCCUCCACGCUGGCGAACGAGCACUCCUUCAAAGCCCAGCUGCGCACGGCCGCGUUCACACUCUUCCUCUUCACCUCCACCUGGACCUUCGGCGCCCUCGCUGUCUCCCAAGCGCACUUCCUAGACAUGAUCUUCAGCUGUUUGUACGGCGCCUUCUCCGUCACGCUGGGAUUAUUCGUGCUCAUUCAUCACUGCGCGAAGAGAGACGACGUGUGGCACUGCUGGUGCGCCUGCUGCCCGGGCCGGCACGCUAAACCACAGCACGCGCGGAUUAAAAAGAUCAACGCAAACGGAGACACGCACACACACAUGCACGCAGACGCGCCCAAAUCCAUCCUCAGCCACUCGCACUGUGCAUGCAGAUGCGCGCAGACGCCGGUGUCUCCGUGCUGUGGCGCAAUACACACGCAGCAGAUCCUGGAGGAUGAAGAAGCGCCGCAUGUUUUGCUGCAUGCAGAUCCGCAGGGAUACCGGAUGCACCGCUGCAUUAAACCACCAAUCAGGACUAAGACUCGACGGCGAGAGCGGGAGCUUUCAUUUCACAUUCCUGAGAGCGUGCACGGCAGCCCGCACACACACAUCUGCCACCACGUCUGCCAUCACGAGGCCCUGGCGCUCUGCCAUCACCACGUGUGCUGCGCCGACGAGGAACUGUCGUGCGCGCCGGACGCCGGCGGGGUGUGUGUGUGUGUGUGUGGGAAGCCGGUGCAGGAGGAUCUGCAUCAUGUAGAGCUGCAGGCGCGCAGACAGUCUGUGCCCAGUCAGAACGGCAUCCUGAAAGCCAGCGCGAUGUACGCGUCCGACAGCACCGGGAAUAUACGCACCGGGCCCUGGAGGAACGAAACUACCGUGUAGUUUGUGGGCUUGAGCGGACAUUAGGAUUUAAAGAACUUUUUCUGUGUGUGUGUGUGUGUGUGUGUGUGUGUGUGUGUGUGUGUGUGUGUGUGUGUGUGUGUGUGUGUGUGUGUGUGUGUCAUUGGUCAUCAUAUAGGAGGAUGUAAAGGGGUAGUUCACUCAGAAAUUCAUUAAUUCUGUCAUUAUUUACUCGUCUUUUUACUUGCUUUGAAAUGUUUAUUUUUGCUACUGUGGAAGUCAA